GACCCUCAAACCCGCAUUGGUUGGUACAGAAUAUCAAAAAUUGGGUAAAGGGUAAUUUCCAGCGACGGGCGAGCAAGCUUAUUGAUUGCGCAUUAAUUUAACUCGGUAGGGGGAGGGAAAAAAAGCAACAGAAAAAAAGAAAAAGAAGUGCAGAGAGUGGAAAAGCUUUGGCCCCAUCGAAACCCAGCCCGUGGUCCAGUUCCAAUCUUCGGCAUUCCCACUUGGGAUCCAGCUAGAAACUAACUGAACUAAACUAAUCUGAAUGUUGCCUGUCCUUCGCUCUCCUCAACUCUUCAGGCGGUCCGACAUUCGCUCUCCUGUCCUUCUCCAAGUCUCGCUCUUAAUAUUCACUUCCAAGCGCCCCUCCUCCUCAUCCUCUUCUUCUUCUUCUCCUUUUCCCUUCUCCGUCCCGCAACACUCGACAACCAACAAUCCCCUCCCCUCCCCUCUUCUCCUCCUCCUUCUACCUCUCCGUCCUCUCAUCCUCUCCCUUUUGGUGAGCGCGUUUGUCCAGUUGUGUUGGUGGACUCGUUUUCCCGUUGGCCCGAUUUUCCCUUUUGGCCACUUUUCAUUCUCGCCUCAACAACUUCGCUGUCCCUGCGACCUUUUCCUUCACACAGUACCUUCUAUUCUGGCUCAAAUCGCCAUCUCUGUGACCGUGUCGCAGGUCUCGACGCUUCCAGCCUUUCGUUGACAGUCUCUCCCGGCAGUAGAGAAUACUUUGGUCAUCUAUUCGCCAAUUCCCUUCGUUGCAGCAACUUACCGCCCGACAUUCGCUUCUCCCGACGAUUGUUGAC